AUGCUUACUCCAGAUUUACAGGUGGCAUGGUCAAGAAUGAUGUCGCAAAUCGACCACUCAGUCCAUCCAAACAGGUUUCGCCCAAAUAUCACUGUCGACUCCGUUGAUGUUCCAGCUGGAAGAUCUUCAAUGUAUGAUUUCUCUGAAGACGGUGUCGAUGAGUUGACACACAUAACAUCAAUGUCUUUCGGUAAUCCGAGUUCACCAAAGCACUUUCAGUCUACAGAAGCAUCUCCAUAUGAUACAUCUCUAUGGUUGGAAGGUAAUUUCGACAAAAUGUGUAACCUUUCUGUGGACACUGAAUGGAGUCCCCAAAUACCUCCUACCAGAAUUCUUCAUCCCUCAGAACCACCGAUCAUAUUCCACAACCACCAUUAUCAUCGUCUUACAGCACUGUAA